AUGCCUUCGCUCACUUCCCUCGUCACAUUCCUCGCCCUCGCCCUCCCCCUCGCGUCCGCCGGUGCCGCGCACUACUCCCACCCUCGCAAUGCCGCCCUUGUCGCUCGCAACGCCCACGGUCGCGUCGCUGGCAAAGCUCGCACGCUGCCGAGGACUGGUCGCCGCCUGAGCAAGCGUCAGGAGGCGACGCUCAAGUGCUUGACGGCGUACACGUUUGCGUUGUGCGAUGGCGACAACUGCACCGACAUGGGAUCCGUCGCCGCCGGUACAAUGUGCCAGGAUGGCGCAAUCACUUGGGACACCGGUGCAGGUUCGGCGCCGCCGUCUUCGGGAAUCUACUCGCCUCCCGCUCAGGAAACCGUCGCGACAACGCCUCCUGCUCAGACGACUCCCGCCGCCGCCAAGACCACAACGACUGCUGCACAAUCUAGUGCGUCGGUCGACAAGAAGCUCGCCAACAACGCCGUCCAGUCCACCACCUCUUCUGCUGCGGCCGCCCAGACUUCAGCACCAGCAGUCCAGCUCAACGUCGGCGGGUCCGGCUCUUCCUCCAGCGACUCUUCCUCGAUCGACACGAGUUCGGAUGACUGGGUCUGCGACGACGAGACCUCAACUUCGAGCGCUGCGCCGCAGACUUCCGCCGACACGGGCGUCCAAUCCGUCAAGACGUCCGCUCCCGCUCCUACACCGACGACGACCUCCUCUGCACCUGCUCAGACUUCGAGCGCGUCCUCGGGCGGCGGCCAGGUCUUCACUGGCCAGGCGACCUACUAUUAUCAGUACGGCGUCGCCGGCUCGUGCGGGAACUACAACAGCGACUCGGACUACAUUGUCGCCGUCAACGCUGCACAAAUGAACAGCGGGUGGUGCGGCAAGACCGUUCACAUCACCAACACUGCCACGGGUGCCUCCAUCACCGCCACUAUCGCUGACACCUGCCCAGGGUGUGCUGAACAAUCGCUCGACCUUAGCCAGGGAGCAUUUGACGCCCUCGGCUCGGAGAGUCAGGGAGUAUUGCCGAUCUCUUGGGGAUUCUCUUCGGAAUUCUAG